AUGAAUCAUACUCGCGGUCUGAUGUCUACCGCGCAAGCCUUGCGCCAAACCUUUCUCACACCUUUUAAGAGCUCCAGAGUCGGACUCUUACAGCCAACUGCCCUUCAGAACGGUCUACAACUAAGAUACUUCCAAAAUACCCGCUGUCUCGCCCUCAAAAUAGCCCGACCUCCUGUCAAGGGACCCAUAAAGGAUGAAGAGAUUCGCGCUCGAACCGUGCAGCUAGUCAACUCCCAGGGCGAUCUUGAGGAACCCGAGCUUCUUGACGAUGUUCUGGCGUCCUUUGAUCGCAACAAAUUCUUUCUUGUUCAAGUCUCUCCAGGUGCCUUCAAGAAGCCGCCAGUCUGCAAAAUCUUGAACAAGUUGGAGUAUCGAAAUAGCGAGAAAGCCAAGGAAAAGGCAGCAAAGGCAGCCAAACAGUCGUUCAAACAAAUUGAAUUGAAUUGGGCCAUCGAUGCUCAUGAUCUCGAACAUCGCUUGAAGCAGUUGACUACCUUUUUGGAAAAAGGUCGGAAGGUUGAGAUCAUCUUGACUCGGAAGAAGCACAAGCGGCCUCCCACCGUGGACGAGAUCAAGUAUGUUAUGCAGAAUGUGCUAGACACUACACGAGAGGCUGGAGGUACACAAGUCAAGGCUAUGGAGGGAGAACCGGGCAAGCGUGUGAUGCUCACUGUGAAGAAAGGCGACAAUUGA